AUGAGCCAGACAGACCUUCCCAGAAGACCUCAAGCUGAGAAGAAAGUGAGAAUCAGGCCUCCCAGUGUAUCCGUACGUUCUGCGGAGUUCAAAAAUCCUCCAGAGGGAUGGUCGAUCCUUGCGUCCCCACCUCUAGCUUCUAGAAAGGUGCCAUAUAGAGUACUUGGAUUUCCACUUCGGUGGUCCGACUGCAUACGAUUUGCCGAGCGUAACAAGAUAUCAGUCGGUGAAUCGUAUUUGGAAAAAAUACCCAAUGCGAUGACGGAAAUGGCGCUAUAUCUGAACAAGUACAAGUGUGAGCUUGUGGCGACCCCCAUGGGGAACUGGCCAGAAGUUCCUGUGAUUAUGGUCGCCGAUAACUCGUCGAAGAAACAGUUAAAGCUCGCUGAGGAUGUUAAGCGGAUUUAUUUUGUCCAGACGUAUUUGGGGGUUCCAAAUCCACCCUUUUGGUUAUUCAACAGUGGAAGGCGUGAUAACCAACAACUUGAGAAAUGGUAUGAAGAAGACUACAUCAAGAUUAAAGAAAGAUAUCACAAAGAUGACAAGACUGCGCAUGAGUCACAGAAGAAUGAAAAUUCUGAACAAGCUCCCGGGGGAGCUCACUCACAUAUUUUGACCGCAUCGCAGGGUGAAGAUGAUAAGGCCGAAUGA